AUGAUAGUCACAGCCAUUUUACCCAUCCUCUUCACCUACUUAUCGACGUCCACUGCCCCAAAUGCCGCUCUAGAUCCAUUUCCGUUGUACGCACCACGAGAGCUGCAGUUCAACAAUCACCUCGACCAAACUUCAAAUGAAGCCGAUUCAUCCAGAAACCUAACAAACCUGAUGGUAGCGCGACAAAACUAUCUUCUCUCGAUUGUUGGUGGCUCACUUGAAGAGCAGGUUGCUUUUGGAUUUGCCGAUCUAACCAACCGAUUACGCUAUGCAGAAAGCUAUGCCAGUGAUCGCCGUCAAGAGAUCAAACAGCUGAUGAAGGAGAUUCGCCAUUUGUGGGAGCUGAUUCAGCAUAACGACACUGACAAAACCGUGAGCAACUUGAACAGCAAUGACGUCACCGCUAAAGAUCCCAAAAAGCCGCUUUCAUUAACAUCCGAUGAGUAUAUGCACCUACCUUCCGUUUUUAGUUUAUUGCCGUUCUUGCAUCAAACAUGGAAGCACAACUCGAUCAGUCCAGCUUUUCGAAUCGCUGCAGACUCAAUGCGAACUGUUCGCUUUGUUUUUGGAAUCCCAACAGUGAAACGCAAAGUUGAAUCGUACCUGGUCGGCACGUUGCAGAACUUAAUUGGCAACUUGUCGCCUACUGAACAAUCACAAGCUUGUUUCGUAGUUCUCAUUGCAGAGACAGACAUUGACUUUGUCAGGAAAACAGCUGAGCAGAUUACCAGUCAGUUUCAGCUUGAAGUGAACUCUGGCCUCAUUGAAAUAAUCUCUCCGCCAGCUUCGUAUUAUCCCGACAUGUCAACACUUAGGGAGACACUUGGUGACACAAUGGAACGAGUUAAGUGGCGCAGUAAGCAGAACCUUGAUUUUGCCUACCUAAUGAUGUACUGCAAAAGUAAAGGAAUCUACUAUGUGCAAAUUGAAGAUGACAUUAUCACCAAACCGUCUUAUCUCACACAAAUGCAAACCUUUGUCACCAAGCAAACUGGACUGUCAAAAGACUGGAUGGUUCUAGACUUUUGUUCACUUGGAUUUAUUGGAAAGCUGUUCAAAUCGGCAGAUUUGUCACAGUUGAUUCUUUUCUUUGUGAUGUUUUACAAUGACAAGCCUAUUGACUGGUUGCUGGAUAAUUUUGUGCAGACUAAAGUGUGUCGUUUUGACAUGGACAACAAUUCUUGUAAAAAGCAAAAGCAAAAGAUCUGGAUUAGUCACAAACCAUCGCUUUUUCAACACAUUGGCACUCACUCUAGUUUAAGAGGAAAAAUUCAAAAAUUAAAAGAUAAAGGCUUUGGAAGAGUGAAACUUUUUGUACCGCAUGCCAAUCCAAUUGCCAAGUCUACUUACACCUCACUAAAAGAGUGUCUGAUUCGAAGUGGCAACCCUGAGCAUCCCAGUGAUAUUAUACAGAAUGCAACUUUGCAAGUUAAAUCAACUCACACUGGAGAUAAGUUCAUCGACCUUGGCCCUUUUGCUGAUGGCAUUGUUAGUGCUCUAAUACCAUCUGAAAUGAACCCGAUUGGAGAGAUCUACAUGAUGGUCCAAGAUGUGCAUACAACAACGAUCGAUCACAGCAGCUAA